AUGGCCUGCCCCGCCGCCGAAAAAAGCCAGAUCUUCCUCGCCUGCAAAGCAAUCUUCACCGGACCACAUGCCUCGCUGCGGAAAUUAAAACACAUCCAGAAACGCAUCACGGAACAUCAGGCGUCGCUGGGGUCCAUCAUCCCCAACUUCGAGGUCAACCGUGUGAGCAAUGUUGCGAAAAUCCUCCUGCGGAAGGGGGUGUUCCAGUCCGACACUAAAGCGAAGGUGGAAUUCCCGGACUUGUUUGCUCCAUCAACCGCUAGGGAGAUCCAGCAUGAUGCGUCUGAGAUUGAGGCGGCGCGGUCUGUAGCGGAGGCGUUGGAGGAGAUCACGUCUGUGUACGAGCGGGAGGCUGGUGAAAAUACAGUGAUUGCGCUGGACGCACCUCCACCCAUGCCGGACAUUCCUGCUGCAGCUGUGCUUGCUGUAGAGGAGAACUCAGGUAAAUUAAAAGACGUCCUCGGGCGCCACACCAAUCAAUUACUGACUCAAGCAGUCGCCGGAACAAUCGUGGAGACCGGGUUACCCAUCCCCUCGCUCUACCCAUCAUACUUCCCCUACCACGCCCAGCACGCCAUUCUCUCAACAGUCCAGCGCAUUCUCGAAGAAUGCUGUUUCGAUUUCGCGACACGAUGGAUGCCCACCGAAGUGCACGACCACGGCUGGGACUGCGCCGCCGCCGUGGAGCUAACCAAAUGGACGAAGCUACUGUCCAAGUGGACACCGCGGCUACCCAGCGAGGCACUGGAUCUAAGCGCCUCCGAUCUCGACACGAGCAUGUACACGAUCCGCAAGAUCCGCCACACGGCGGUGCACCGGCUUCCGACGACGGCGCGCGGGGUGGGCGCGAUGGUGCUCUCGGCGAUGCGGUUCGCGGAGGUGUUGCGGGAUGCGCUGCGGGCGGCGCAGCUGGAGGAUCUGCAUGCGGAUAUCCAGAGUAAGAUCAAGACGAUGGAGCUGAACAAGAAUGCGCUCGAGGAUCACUUUGCGCGGGAGCUGAGAGCUCUGCAGCUGCAGCGGGAGGAACUAGAUCGGCAGCAGGAGCGGUUGAUUGCCAUGACGAUUAAGAAUGAUAAGGAUAAUAAGAAUCUGAUGGGGUUGUUGGUCGAGGAGUCGAUGGAGAGGAUCUUUAAUGGUAAAGGGAGGGAGCUUGAUGAUGAUGAUUUGAAUGGGUUCGCUACGGCUGACGAUGGCGAGGAGGAAUAG